GGCUGCGGUAUAUAGCGCGGGUUGCUGCCUGCCCCGGGAAGGAAGGUUGGCGUCGCGUUUGUUUGGGAUACCCAGCUCUCGACUUGUUAUUAUACUUUGGACGGUGUUUUUUGCCUACUUGAUUACAUACGUACACGCGGUUGGGAAUCGAGUAGCAGCCUGGCAGGCAGUGAUAUAAUCGGGCAGCGAGCAUCAGCACCAACACAGCAUCCGCCAGCACCGGUGCGCCGCGAUCGCCGCAGUCAGCUACCAAGCAACGCAGACCCACAGCAACAUCAGCAGCAGCAAGCAAGCAAGCAAGCAAGCAAGCAAGACACGCUCGGCGACCAUGGGCGAAUGCACGGCCGAAGAUAAGCACGAGUGCUACGUGCCCGCACCCAGCACCGGGCACGAGCUGGGCAUCCUGUUCGGCUUCCUUGGGCUCAUGCUCGUCUGCAUGGCUGUCUAUACCCUCGUCUGGCAGGUCGGCAAUAAGCGCAGCUUGCGCAAGGAACAGGAGCGCAUUGAGGCGUUGCGCGCGAGUGGCCAUCUCAAGAGCUCCGAGAAGAGCCCUGUGGGAGCGGAGCAGCGGGUUGCUGCGGGAUAGGGUCGCGAGGCCAGUGGAGAGAGAAUGUAUGUGGACGUACAGGAGAGACGGUGGUGGUAGGUAGCCGGUUGUAGUAAUACCCGUAGUAGCUAUGGCAGCAGCAGCAGC